AUGCCAAUCAAGGAGGAGUGGGACCUUUUAUUACCCUUACUUGGUUCAAACGCCAUCAAAGACCCAAAUGACGCCCAAAAGAUACUAGGCGUCCCGGACUCAAUGCUUGAGCUACAAGGUUCGAAUCGGGAUGUAAUUCUUUGGUUGAUGGAAGUGACUGUCUCGCAACAUUUUGGAGAUAUCAUGCGAAAGAUUAAAGAGUAUAUGGAGAAGUGCGAGGGCCCUGUCAUGAUGAUAGUAAUCAUCAUCUGCAAAGCCAGGGCAUACAGCUCGCCUGAAGUUACGUCGUCCGCGGGGAUCUGGGCGAAGACACACAAGACGUUGCUGAACCUUGAGGAAUGGCAACACGACGACGAUCGGCCGGUAGAUGGGCUGGUACAAUCAGUAGUACCACACAGAUGGAUGGAUAGAUUAGAUAUUACCGUCAAAGUAUGGCUUCGUCAUCCAGACGGGCACUUUAGUUUUGACGAUGCCAACAACUUAUACGGCAGGUCGGCGCAACUUACUCCAGAGCCAUGUACAGGCAUGGCCGGCCUCGAAGCAAUUCUCAAGCGAGGCAUGGUGGCCAUCCGCGACAGCAUUAUUGACUUCGUAGAAAAAGAGUGCGAGCACUCGCAAGAGGAUUUGAGGGCUUUGCGUGAGUGGAUGCCGCCGACGCGUAUCUUCAAUUGGGACGAAAUUGUCGACCGUGUUCGUAAAGCUUCCCUGAGAGACGCGCACGAGCGCUACAAGGUCUGGCACACAGCAAACGGCGGGCAUAGAUGA